CUUCAAGGUUAGCGGUGGUACGAAUGCUCUUCUUAGCUCCGAGUUAAAUGCCUAAGUUUAAAGGCAAAUUAAAAGUGAAAAGAGGAACAGCGAAAAAGUCCGGAAAGACUAAGCGUAAAACUGGAGGUUCAUUAAAACAACGCAAGCCCAAACGUCAGAUUGAUAUAUUAAGUAAAGAUGCCAUGGAAAAUUUAUAUUACAUUGCGCAUAAUGCUCCAAGCUCACUUAUUUACCGUGGUUUUCGUUGGUCAGGAGCAAAACCGAAAAAAAAGAAAGGCAAAAGAAAAGGUAGAAAGAAAAAUUGAUUACUUUUAAAUAUCGAUCAUGAUACAAGAUGCUUCCUACCAGAUUUGAUCUAAUAUUUAUUUAUUUAUUAACUGAUUUCAAUAUUUAUACAACAUUUUUACCCUAUAUUUAUAAUUAUUGUCUUCCAAAGUAUAGAAUGUGCAAAUAAAACUGCGAAAAAAAAACAACAUAUUAGCUUUUUUAUACAUCAAUAGCACAAAAUUUUAACAGAUACAUGAAGACAUGAUGAAUGAUAUCUUAUCAACAUGAUUUGAUCAAUCAUCAGAAAAUAUUUCACACACUUUCUUACUUCAUUUGAUAUAAAGCUGAUUCACUUUAUAUUCCUAUAGUUGAAAUAUAACCAAAGAUAUCAGCUUUUUUUAUUCAAAACAAUUUUCAUGAAAAAAACACGAAAUUUCAAAGAUACAUUCACAAAAGUACUUAAUUAGUAUUAGCUGUUCACAUUUCUUCGAACCUUCAAAGAAUUAUAGUUAUACAGUGAAACAUCCUACAUUUAUAUUCUACUCCAGAACUAAAAGACAGAAAUCCUGAACAAUCAGCUUUCCUAAGAGUUAUAGUUAAAAAGUGGGUGAAAGUUUUCUGAAAAUAGGAUUAUCAGUGGUAAAAAAACAAGUCAACUAAGACAUUAUUUAUUUUACUCCUGUUUGUCCUAUAUGAAAAAUCUUAAAUAAAAUAAACAUUUUCUAAUAUCAUUUUAGUCAUUUUAUUAGAAAUGUCAUACAGUAAAAUAGUGUCAUCUACUGAGUAACGUUUCGGACAUAAUUUAUUGUCCAUAUUAUUGUGAUGUAACUUCACAACUUUGAGACAUUUCUUAUAUUGUUCUCUCCUUCUUUGGUAUUACAAUCUACUACAGAGCCCAAGUUUUACUCCUAUAUUAUACACAUUCUAGUUAUCAGGUAUAUCCUCUCUGUUCGUGCUUCAUGGGGGUGAAAAGGUAUGUUCCUAUUAGGUUUGUUUAUUUGAUAUAUAGCUCACAGUGAAACAUUAUUAUUAUUAUUGUUAGGAUCAUUGUGCACUAUAUAUCAAAUGAACAAAUCUAAUAUGGAAUAACAUCCUAACACAAUGACCAAGUUUAACACAUAUUAGUGAAACGUACGUGACUAAACCGAUUACUCAACC